CCUGUCUUCCCUAACUUCUCCCCUCUUCGCCCAGAGCCUGCGCUCCUCUCUUCGCCGGCCCACUCUUUCCAAGAGCCGGGUGACGUCACCUCGCUGCGAGGGCGACUGCUGUCCUGGUAUGACCAAACCAAGAGGGACCUGCCCUGGAGGACAGCGGCGCUAACGGAAUCAGAUGUCAAUAAAAGAACCUACGCUGUGUGGGUGUCGGAAAUCAUGUUACAGCAGACCCAGGUUGCAACAGUGAUGGACUACUACAUUAAGUGGAUGAAGGAAUGUCCAACUGGAAGCGAUUGUUUUCCUUUGUCUGUGCAGGAGGUGAAUGAAAUGUGGGCUGGUCUUGGAUACUACUCUCGAGGCAAGAGACUGCACGAAGGGGCUCAGAAGGUGGUGUCGGAGCUGGGGGGACAAAUGCCAAAGACGGCAGAAGACCUGGUGAAGCUGUUGCCCGGGGUGGGCCGGUACACUGCGGGGGCUGUGGCCUCCAUCGCGAUGGGCCAGGUGACGGGAGCCGUCGACGGGAACGUGGUCCGGGUGUUUUGUCGGCUGCGCGCCAUCGGAGCAGACAGCACCAGCCCGGCCGUCACCGAGGCUCUGUGGACCCUGGCCAAUACCUUGGUUGACCCGGACAGGCCCGGCGAUUUUAACCAGGCGUUGAUGGAGCUGGGUGCAAGAGUGUGUACCCCAAAAGGCCCGCUGUGCUCCCAGUGCCCAGUCCAAUCACACUGCAGAGCCCACAGAAAGGUGGCUGUCGAACAGGAGGAGGGCGCACAGAGGCUUCUGGGUAAACCAGCUGUGGAGCAAAGCUCUCCUGAUAUUGAGGAGUGCUGCGGCUGUGCCCUGUGUAUCCCUCCCGGUGAAUCCUGGGACAGCAGCCUGGGGGUGACCAACUUCCCACGGAAGCCCAAGAAAAAGCCCCCCAGGGUGGAGCGCACCCUCACCUGUGUCCUGGACAGGAACAGUGCCAAAGGAGGGAGAGAGUAUUUCCUCGUACAGAGACCGAGCAAAGGGCUGCUAGCUGGGAUGUGGGAAUUUCCCAGCAUGCUGCUUGAGGAGGCGCAUGACUCUGAAAAAAAGCAGAGGAGUGCACUGCAGGCACAGGUGCAAAAGAUCCUGGGAGAUUCCUUAAAACAGGGGGCUUUGCAGCAUGUAGGCGAGGUGGUGCACGUCUUCUCUCACAUCCACCAGACCUACGUGGUGUACAGCGGCCGCCUGCCGGACCCUCAGGGCUCCAGCCCCGCGGGGGGGCAGGAGGACUCACGGGCGCGCUGGCUCACCGAGACAGCCUUCCAGGAGGCAGCGGUGUCUGCCGGCAUGAAAAAGGUGAUGAAGCUUUAUGAGAAGAUGAAAAGCAUGAAGACGGAGGGUUGUAAGGAUGGGAAGCGGAAACGAAGCUCUGAUGGUAUAAUCAGUAGCAGGCACAAGUCCCAGAAGACCCUACGGACGCAAGAGCCUGCUGAUGGAGCCAGGCAGCUGUCUCUUCACAAGUUCUUUCAGCCAGCCAUUAAGCAGGAGGCUGAGGACAUACUGUCCUCUUGACCGGAACUCCGGGACCACACCUUGUUCACUCUCUCGCACAGACACUGGCCUUGUGCUGGAAAGUGGGGGACUCAACACACUCCUAAAGAAACCCUUUUGAAUGCAGACCUGCUGUGCAUCUGAGAUCUUGUCUCUCUGGAGAAACUACACCCUUUGUGUCAUUUGCUCAUGGUGGGUAAAAUUACUGUAAGAAUUCUGGGGCUGUGAGCCGAACCGUUCAGUUCCCCAGCUGCGCGGAGAUUUCCAGCACACGGGGUGCAACAUGGAACAUUAUUGAUCAUUUUAAAAACUCUUUGUUUAUUGGUCCCCAAUCAUUCUUCCUUGGAGACCCCCCUUGACUAGACUUAAAACAUUGUGAUACUUGAAAACAUAUUAGGAUAUACUGUAAGAAAUAUCUACUAUUUUAUACUAUUAUUUGUAGUAGUGUCUUUUAACAGAGCUUUUCUUUCUCGUCUUGGGGAUCCUCUGGUUCCCUGUUUGCUUUUUUCUGAUAAUGACCAGAUGUCCAGUUAAAACAAAUGUGCGCAAGUGAUCACUACCUGCCGGGACUUCCUCGCAGCUGCUUUUAGAUUAACCCCACUGCCCUGUACUGUAACAUGCUAUACCUUACCACUGUGUAAGAUUCAAAUAUGUAUGUUUUAUAUGUUUCCUAAAAGUGUGUAUUUUUAUAAACUAUUUUAAACAAAAAAUAA